CGCGUUUGUUCAUUGACCGAAGGAGACAGUGUUACAGUCAAAUAACUACACUAGUUGCGCUACAAUACAAAAAAUAAACAUGUAUGAUCGAGCUCCCAGACUGACAUUAAACAGCAGCACGUCUGGUGUUGGACCAGGAUCUUAUAAUAUCAGCAGAUCUCACGUCAGUAAAGGCGACUCUUACGCCCCGUUCCUCUCGCUGUGCAGCAGAGAUCAAGGGUUCCUGAGGUCGGGCAGUGAUCUGAUCUGUCCAGGCCCAGGACAGUACAACAGUGACAUCAUCAGGAGUCAUAUUGUGGGAGGAAACAGUCUUCAGAACCGAUCGAAACGGUUUGAGGACGUGGUGUCAGAUGUUCCAGGACCAGGAGCGUAUGAUGUUUCCCCUGCAGGAAAGAGAAUGAAUCAUCCAGAGAAAAGCCCGAGGGGUCUCUCUAAAGGAGUGAAGUUGCUGCCGAGUCCUGAUGCACCAUCCAUACCUUCUCCAGGACAGGCGUUUGGAUACGAAGAAGACCCUCGGGGUGUCCUACACAGAUUCAAUCCCCCCAUCAAAGACCAGACCCUUGGCCCAGCCUUCUACAGUCCCGCACCGGAGGAGCUCUUCUCAUCUCAGAAGUAUAAAGGUGUGAACUUCAGCCAAAUGAUGGGCCGGAGGGAUCAGGUGAAGGAUGCAGACGGGCCAGGACCAGGACAAUAUGAACCACAGGAGGAUCACACGGCUCUUUAUGAGAAUGUAAAUCUGAGGCGAGAACAGAGAGGUCGACCAGAGCUGAUCCUCCCUCGAUAUCAUGAGCUCAUCGCUCAGCAGGAGGAGAAGAAGGGUGUCCCGGGUCCAGGACAGUACCACAUACAGAGUCAGUUUGAGAGAGCCAGUAAUCCACAUGGAGUGUCAAAUCCACCGUUCCUCGCUCAAGCUCAGAGGUUCAGUCCAGUGAAAGAUGAAGCGCCCCCUGUAGGUGCGUAUGAUGACCCGCGCGGUGCUCUGGACGUUCUGAAGAAACCCAGAGCGGUCAAUAAAAGCCCUUUUGGCCUCAGCACUGUGCGAUUCCUUCCAGAAAACAGAAUGAACGCCACACCAGGUCCUGGUUCUUAUAACGUGUAUGACUAUAGUUUGGCUCAGGAGAGUUUGAAGAAAGCAAAUCUAAAGGGCAAAAGAAACGGAGCCUUCGGCUGUGUCGCACCACGACAGCUUUUCCAGCCCAGUAAAGAAGAGACGCAGAGCCCGGGACCGGCGCGGUACAAGGUGAAGACAUAUGAGGAGUUAUAUAAGAAACGGAGCAGCGCUGCUUUUAAAUCAGCCACAGAAAGACUCGUGGGUUCACUGUGUGCUCAAGAUACGCCUCCGCCGGGCUCGUAUAACGUCUGCGAAUCAUUCGAGAAGAUUCACGGCCCCCGUCGCUAUAGCGAGCCGCGCAGUGAAAAAGCCAGAAAGCGACACGGUAGCUUCCUGUCUGCUGCCCCCAGAGACCUCGCCUUCAUCCACAGCGACCCUCACAUCCCCGGUCCAGGUCAUUACAGUCCAGACGUGAAAUCAAGCUCGAUGUUAGCCCUGAUCGGCUCAAAGGAAGAUCGCUUUAAAUGCUGGAAAGACAUCAGCCCUGGGCCGGGAGCGUAUGAGUUGAGUCCGGGCUUGAAGGACACGGUUCUGAAAGGCACUUUCAACGUGACGCUGCACAAUCCUUUAACCUCCAGCGCUAGAUCUUUACAUUCACUGAGAUCUCUGAGAAAACCUUCCGCUCACAGCGGUGCCUAACUCUGAGGUCAAAGAUUUCUGACAGGGAACCGCUCAAUUAGGGUCAGGGUCAGC